GUGCGUCUGCAGUGCUCCGCGCGCUCUUGACGUACGGAGUCACUGGUGUAGGCGCUUCCGGCCAUUCAUACUGCAGUCGGUCAGUGUUCGGUUGAAGGAUUCUUUGCGCUAUCGGACCCAGAGGGUGACGGCGCCGCUAGGAUGAAGCUCGUGAGAUUUUUGAUGAAAUUGAGUCAUGAAACUGUAACCAUUGAAUUGAAGAACGGAACACAGGUCCAUGGAACAAUCACAGGUGUGGAUGUCAGCAUGAAUACACAUCUUAAAGCUGUGAAAAUGACCCUGAAGAACAGAGAACCUGUACAGCUGGAAACGCUGAGUAUUCGAGGAAAUAACAUUCGGUAUUUUAUUCUACCAGACAGUUUACCUCUGGAUACACUACUUGUGGAUGUUGAACCUAAGGUGAAAUCUAAGAAAAGGGAAGCUGUUGCAGGAAGAGGCAGAGGCAGAGGAAGAGGAAGAGGACGUGGCCGUGGCAGAGGAAGAGGGGGUCCUAGGCGAUAAUGUCUCUCAAGAUUACAGUUUCAAAGUCAUACGGGAUUUGGGCUAUUUUUUGUACAGGUUGUGUUUGUUUAUGUCAGUUUUUAAUAAACGUAAAUGUGGGACA